AUGGUGGGAAUGAUUUUUGUAGUAAAAGUUGUUGACAUUACAAUAAAUGUCGUACUCUUCUCUGCGGUUGACAUUGUCAUACUUGCUACUGGAAUAGUUGUCGUCAUUGUAGUUGUUGUCGGAAUAAUAGUGGUAUUUGUUGUAUUUGUCGUCGAAAAAGUAGCAGUAGCUGUUGAUGCUGCUGAGAUAGUUGUUGGCGUAGUUGUCGUCAUUACAGUUGUUAUCGAAACAGAAGUUGAUAGCGUGGUUGUUGUCAUCGUAGUAGUUGUUGUUGGAGUUGUAGUUGUAGCUUCCGUUGUGAUAGUGCUUGCAGUAGUCGUAGAUGGCGUAGUUGUCGUCAUUAUGAUGGUAGUUGAUAUGGUUGUCGUACUUGCGGUAACAUCGCUGCUGGUCAUAGUACUAAAUGAUGUUGAUUCUGUAGCGAAAGUAUUUGAAGAAUCUUGA